UCGUCUGAAAAAUGAACACCAAAAGAAGUCAGGAUUUAGAUCGUGACGGGAUCGCGGUAAUGGAAUCUGCGCAUUGUCCGAAAUGUUCGACUUCGUUUAAAUUUGUCAAGAAACCAAAUCCUCUGAUGGUACACUCUGAUAAACCGGAGCCCAAGAAAAUUCCUGGGAAACCGCUCGACUGCGGUUAUGUGAUGCAGAUUGUUUCUAUCGGAGUUCGAGCGGAUAACGUUUACGAGGCACGAAUGUUGCUGGCACCAGAGGUGGAUAUGUCUUCCGUCAAAAUAACGGUAAAAGGAAGUAAUCUGCGAGUGAACGUGUGUAGACCACUGAAUGACCUAUUCAUGAGUUAUUUCCCAAAGAUCAUUGAUAAUUCGAGUGCUAGUGAUAUCAUUAAAAGGACGAUGAAGCACUGUGAGAACUUGCUCAUACCGGAUGGUAUCGAUAGCGCGAAAGUUCGAGCCGUGGUAGAUAAUAAGAAUAGAAUGCUCGUGCUUACGGCACCCGCAUUGAAGCCUAGCAAAGUGAGAAAGAAAUACAUAGAGAAAAGUUGAAGUAUUCUUUAUCGUGACUCUUGCACGAAGCCAUUUUACGAUCGAAAUUUCAAACUCGAUAGAACAAAGGAUGAUCGGAGCUCGUUUCAAAUAGUACAGUUGACUCGUGAAAAUGAUAUGUGACAGACAAGAUUUCCUAUUCGUUUACACCUACUAUGGAUAAAUUACCACCCCACUGUCAAGAAAACGCGAUCACCAUAAGGCAAAAUGAUUACAUGAAUUUUGAAACGAUGACGAAUGGAUUUAAGACGAGUUUGAAGUUCGAUAGAGUUCCUAACUUCUACAUCAUCGACAACAAGGAACUUUACGCUGUACGUAUCCGAUGUAAAAUUUUGUUACUUUGGUAACUUCGAUAAUGAAUUCGAUGUACGGUUAUAGGCAGACAUGAAGAUAGAGGGAUUGAAAGUGGGAACCGCGACUCUAGCGACUGAAGAUGUCCUGAAUAUAAAAUUGCAUAGCGCGGAGGAUUGGUCGCACAUCAGGAACUUGAAUUUUUUAAUACCGGCUGAAGCGAACGCGAAAAAAGUCUCGAUUGAAAUAUUUAAUAACACAAUUUUUAUGAGAGCACCGCUUAAAAAGA